AUGGCAACUGCUCAGAAGCCGAAGAAUUGUAUGAGUGCGGUUGUUUUUCCUAGUAAAAUAACUACUGAACAGCAGUCCCUGAUGCUAGUGAAGAGGCUCCUGGCAGUCGCUGUAUCCUGCAUUACUUACCUGAGAGGAAUCUUUCCUGAAAGUGCCUAUGGAACAAGAUACAUGGAUGAUGUCUGUGUGAAAAUUCUGAAGGAAGACAAGAGCUGUCCUGGCUCUUCUCAGCUGGUGAAAUGGAUGUUAGGAUGCUAUGAUGCCUUGCAGAAGAAAUAUCUAAGAAUGAUUGUCCUGGCAGUCUAUGCCCAUCCAGAAGAUCCUCAGACAAUUACAGAAUGUUACCACUUCAAAUUCAAGUAUACCCACAAUGGGCCACUCCUGGAUAUCAGCAGUACAACCAAAAGGAAUGAUUCUACCAUCACCUGUGCAGACACCAAGAAAGCGAGUAUCCUCCUCAUUCGCAAGAUUUACGUCCUGAUGCAAAACCUGAGUCCGUUGCCGAAUGACGUUUGCCUGACUAUGAAGCUGUUUUAUUAUGAUGAAGUUACACCGCCCGAUUACCAGCCUCCUGGCUUUAAGGAGGGAGAAUGUGAGGGGAUGAUAUUUGAAGGGGAGCCUAUGUAUCUGAAUGUGGGUGAAGUGCCAACACCUUUUCAUAUGCUGAAAGUUAAAGUUACCACUGAAAAACAACGAAUGGAAGGUGUUGAUAAAAGCAUCCUAAAGCAGGGAGAGACUAAUGCGCCUCUCCAGGUGCUCAGAGUGGACGGAGAUGAUCCAGAAGAAGAGAACCAGGACAUGAAGGAUGAUCCUGUCUUGGAUAAUAAGGCAGAAGAUAGGAAAGAUGUAAAUAUUUCAGAAGCUCAAGAACCAAGUUUAACUUGUGAGGAGGACAAAGUUAUGAAGGCUGGAGGCAACCGGAGUCUAUAUGUUUCUAAUCCUCAGGUCGAUCAUUUGGCAAGUAAGACGUCUGAACUUAACGUGUCGGAGAGCAGGACAAGAAGUGGAAGGAUCUUUCAAGCCAGCACUGUUCACCAGCUCGAACUCUCGUCUAGUCAAGACGUGCUGCCAAAACGGAGGAAGAUCAGUGAACCGAAGGAGCAGUUUUAG